GCGUUUGGUUGAGUCGAUGAUGCCAGACUUUAUCAAGGACCCAAAGCUUCGCAAAGGCCCGAAGAACCAGUGUACACUCGCCUGGAUGAAUGAAGUGCAGCAGAUCAUUGACAUGCACAUGAGCUGGCACCGCUCUCCGAGUGGUCUGUUGCUAUGUUCUCGUUUCAGCGAUCUGUCUUCGGGACUCCACCUCGAGAAUAAUGUGGCAGUUGCUAAGCAGGAAGAGAAACGCAAGUGUCCUCUUCCCCACGACACAUAUCUGCGCCACGAACUGAAAGACGCACUCGAGAAACUCACUCUGGAACGCAAUCACAUGCUGUUCGACCAAAAGUCAAAGGCCGAAGAAAUCGACCAAGCAGUCCAAGAAGCCCUCUCCAGAGAACGCAAGAAGAAAAAGCGCGUCUCCUUCAGAAACCGCGCGUCCGAAGAAGAACUCACCAGUCUCGCUAUGUCUCAACGCCAACAGACCAUUCGCAACGUCCUUGACAAGAUCUGCGACCUAGAGGAAGAGAUGGAGAUGUACCAAAAUCGCCUUCGCACAGAGAUGGAGGAUUAUAGUGAUCGCUUCAGAGAUGAGCUGAGUGAGAUGAAGGAGGACUUGCUUAAACUUCCUAUUGGUAUGGUGGCCAAGACGAGCAGUGGGGAGGAGAGUAAGCGGAGUAGCUUCAAGGAGGGCAGUUAUGUCAAGGCUGUGAAGGAGGAUGGAUUUGGUGGGGAGGCGAAGACGGGACGUGGGAAGAAGUUGGAGAAGAGGAGGUCGCGUCUGUCUGGAUUCUUCCACCGCGGUUGAAUGACCUUCUCAAGCGUCAAGACUAUGGUAGGGCAUCGGUCUGAGAGAAAAG